AUGCUCGUUUGCCCCCUCUCCUAUAAAAAAAAAAAAAAAAAAAACAAACAAACUAUAACAUUAUUAAAUGAAAGACGCAGUUCUGCACGAUCUUCUAACCUAUUUAUUACACUUAGAGGUGCAGCUAAGCCCGCUUCACGUACAGUCAUUGCGGGCUGGGUAAAAACUAUUUUCAAGGAAGCUGGCAUUUCUGCAACACCAGGAAGCAUCCGAUCUGCAGUAGCUUCAAAAAGUUGGUACGACAAUCAUCCACUGGACAAAAUUUUGGCCCGUGGUAAUUGGCAAUCAGCUAAUACUUUUAAAAAAUAUUACAGAAGAGAAGUGAUUAACUGUAGUGAUCCGACAAAUGUUUCAAAUUGUUUCAUUCCCUUAAAUUGA